AUGCGGCUGCUAUACACUACUGGCGAGGGGAGGCUCGAAUGGACCGAUGACUUGAUCGGAGACAAGAUUCCCUCAUAUGCGAUCCUGUCACACACCUGGGGUGGGCAGGAGGCAACCUUUAAAGACCUUCGGCACUAUAGCAGUAUAGAGGAAGUUGAUGCGAAAGUCAAGGAGGGCUAUCAAAAGAUAUUCUUCUGCGCUCAGCAAGCCAAGCGCAAUGGGCUGGAUUAUUUUUGGGUAGACACCUGCUGCAUCGACAAGACGAACAGCCAAGAACUUCAGGAAGCGAUCAACUCUAUGUUCCGCUGGUAUCAAAACGCAAAGAAGUGCUACGUAUACCUUCUAGACGUUGAGUGCAACACCCCUGAUGCGGAUAGUGAAUCAAGCCGGAGGUGGAAGCCGGCCUUCAGGAAGAGCAAGUGGUUCACUAGAGGCUAG